AACUUAAUUGGCUUUUUUAUAAAUUAUAAUUUAAGGUAAAUUAAGGAAAGCUAAUGGUUCGAAGAAAAAGGGUGUAAUAUAAAGUCAAAGUCAAAGGAAGUCAAGAAGUGGGCAGUCGCAUUAGGGCAUCUCGUUCUUCCUUGGACCCACCGCCGUCGCCGGUCGCCAUUUAUUCUUCAACGCGUGAAUGUAAGCUUCUCCGAUCCCACAUUCUUUCUCCUUCCUAUAAAAUUAAAUUAAUCUUCUUCUCUUCGCCCAUUACCAAUUAUUUCACUUCUCAAUUUUUCUAACCACUUUUCUUCUUUCUCAAAUCCUCAAUUUCAGUCUUAGAAUGGGUUUCAAGGGAUUUGUCGAAGGAGGAAUCGCUUCCAUUGUUGCCGGUUGCUCUACUCACCCACUUGAUCUUAUCAAAGUUCGGAUGCAAUUAGACGGCGAGAAACCGCCACUUCCAAAUCUCCGCCCUGCCCUAGCUUUCAAUGCUUCUCGUUCCGUUGUUGCACAGGAAUCUUUUCACAUCCCGCCGCCCCAACCUCCGCGUGUCGGACCCAUCUCGGUCGGCGUGCGGAUUGUCCAGUCCGAAGGCGUUGCUGCUCUGUUUUCCGGUGUCUCUGCAACUGUUCUCCGGCAAACUCUUUACUCCACCACUCGGAUGGGUCUUUACGAUAUCCUCAAGACUAAAUGGUCCGAUCCAGAUUCCGGAAGUAUGCCUCUAACCCGGAAAAUCACUGCGGGGUUAAUUGCUGGCGGGAUUGGCGCGGCGGUCGGGAACCCGGCCGACGUCGCAAUGGUGAGAAUGCAGGCCGAUGGACGGCUUCCGGUGGCUCAGCGGCGGAAUUACGCAGGCGUGGUGGACGCGAUCACGAGAAUGUCGAAGCAGGAGGGUAUUACUAGUCUGUGGCGUGGGUCGGCGCUUACGGUGAACCGGGCAAUGAUCGUGACGGCGGCGCAGUUGGCGUCGUACGAUCAGAUAAAAGAGACGAUAUUGGAAAAGGGAGUGAUGAAGGACGGACUGGGGACCCACGUGACGGCGAGUUUCGCGGCGGGGUUUGUGGCGGCGGUGGCGUCGAAUCCGGUGGAUGUGAUAAAGACGAGAGUUAUGAAUAUGAAGGUGGAGGCAGGGGCGAUGGCGCCGUACAGUGGGGCGUUGGACUGUGCAAUGAAGACGGUGAAGGCGGAAGGGCCGAUGGCUCUUUACAAAGGAUUUAUUCCGACGAUUUCACGGCAAGGGCCUUUCACGGUGGUCUUGUUUGUCACCCUUGAACAAGUCAGGAAAAUUUUCAACCAAUUUUGAUUUGACAAUGACCCGAAUUAUGGGUAUUUUAUAUUAUAAACUGUUCCCAAAUUCUUUAUAUUCAAUUAUAAUUAAUACAUUUCAGAUACACUUUUACAUUUA